ACCAAGCUAAGUACAAAUGGACAGUUUCGAAAGCUCAGAAGUCCAGUGUUUCACGUCGACAAGAGGCUAUUUUCAAUAAAUACAGGUCAUGGUUUUUUCUCAAAUUCAUUCAUCCUUUUUUUCUUUCAUGCAGUGAAAAUCUUCAGAAACAACGGUUUGCGAAGUGAUGCGAGUUUUUUUUAAAAUCAACAACAAGGAGUAUAUUGCGAAUAGAUGAGCCGGGUCAUUAAAAAAAGGUUUUUUCAUGGAGUCGGUUCCCUUCUGAAUUUAAGGUUCUCAGGAUUUAUGCAGUGAAAGAGAAAGUAACGAGUCACGGACGAUUAGCAAGGUUUGUGAGUUUUCCUCUUUGUUCUUUGUGGUUUAACUAAUCUCCCAGUGUAUAACUAAGAAACUAAGAAGUUUUAGUUAAUACUUAGAUUUUCCUGAAAAAGUUCGUAAAUAUAUUAUGUACGCCACGAAAAUUUCUCAUCAACGAACAUGACAUUUUUUUCAAGGUUCAUAACCAAGCACUAAUCUUUUUUUCUGUUCCUUCAGGUUUAAAGAACUACUUUUCAGGAAACAUCAUGGUCUCUCUUUUGUACUGCCUACAUCAGCAACCUCACAAUGUUUUGUUAACCUGUUUUUUCGUUUCGCUUUCCAAUAAACUUGUUUAAAACGUCUUGAAAUUGUUCUAACGAGAAUAAAUGGACGGAAAAAGAGAGUAAUUAAGAAUGAAUGAAAUCACGGAAACAGCGUUUCGAUGCCGCUGAAGUGGACAAUGGUUGAAGCCAGUGUUGGAUGAACAACGAAAGUGCACGGGAUACUCCAAUAAAAUAGCAUAAACAAAAUAAUUAGAAUACAAAAUGUCUUCUAACGGCAACCUUUAUUAAAGGAUAUUCUUGGAAAAUAGAAAUAGGUUGUCACAACGACUUUUUCUGAACCCUAAAAAAUAGGACAAAAAUAGACAUAUACAGGAAGUUUUCUUAUUUGUGGAAUUUGCUAAUGCCGUUCAUAUCCAAGAAACCUCGCCUCGACAAAAAGUCCAGUGCCCCACGAAGGUAUAUAGUUAUUCAUUCUAUAAAACUGCUUUUAUAUUGAGAUGGUCCAUUGCCUAACACUGGGUCUGUUUACUGUCAAAACCGAGUUGGUUCAAGAAGAUGUAGCCUGCCAAUAUGAUUGGUUUUUUUCAACGGAAAAUGACGACCCAAACAGUUUCGAAAGUUCUACUGAACACGCCAACAGAGACGAACCCAGUUUACGUAUCUAAUUUUGAAGCUCAAGCGGAAAGACCAGUUCAUCCUCGUCAUUUGAGCGUGGUUUUUAAAAAUGAACUCGAAUUUUGUUAGGAAACAUAGGAAGACUUCAAAAUUUAUACUCUUGGAAAAGUCCUCACGCAGUUGAAAUUUUCCGAUAUCUCCGAACCUCUCUCUGAAGCAAACUCAACGAAAGCAGCCAAUUUGCGUGGAGAUGAAAUCAUCAGAAGCGUUUUCAGUUAUCUUACCGCGUUGACUGAAAAGCUUGGUGAAACUGCCCAAGGAACCAUCUUUAGCAGUCCUAUUCUUGUGGCUUCUGCGAUGACAGGUCUGAGCGAAUCGACUAUCCGACGAGUCGCGAUCGACGGAAUUGAGAGAAAACGCGAGCUUCGACGUGUUCGACUUUCGAGAAAAGAGUGCAAGGAACGAGCUCUUCGCCACCUGGACGCUUUUGAUCAAGAAAUAAUCCAGCGUCAUAUAUCUGAUUGCUUCCGCAAUCAGAUACUUGUCACGACGGACAAUAUUCUUGAAUGGUGCCAAAAGAACAUUGACGGAUGGUACAUCUCCAGAUCUACGUUGUUCAAAUGUCUGAAAGCGAUGGGUUACGUUCACAAAAUAUCUCGAUUUGACCCCAAGCUGACUGAAAGAGGUGAUCUCGUCGAAUGGAGAGCAAAUUUUUGUCUCGAAAUUCAGGUUUAAGUUAAAAAAAAUACUCACAUCUUUUAUUGAAAUUAAGAAGCUUCGAUCAGAAGGGGCGGUAGUCGCGUAUUUCGAUGAAACAUGGCUCUAUGCAGGGAUGGUUCCCAAGACCAGCUGGCAACUUGCAACGCCAAAAACCUGGAAGCCAUCAGCGACAUCGACACGUGAUGGUGCGCUCUGUCCUGGUCCGCCAGCUGGAAAAGCUCGCGGUGUUCGCGCCAUUGUGCUCGCGACGUUAAUGGAGGACGGAAUCGUUUCUGGAACCGAGGAAGUCAUACUCAGCAGCGGAAGGAGCGUGGACUUGGACGAUGACUAUCACAAGGAUAUGAACUCUCAUAAUUAUUUCUUGUACGUCCAGCGUGUGGUCCCGCUGUUGAUCGCCAAAGCCGCGGGAGCUCCUGUUGUUCUUGUUGUCGACAACGCAAGUUAUCACAGCAAGCCUUUGGAGAAAGUAAAACUAUUCAUUUAUAAUCUAAUUUAAAAAAAAUUGAGAUUCCCCAAAAAACGACAAAAAAAGCUGAAAUCUGCGAUUAUCUAAAAGCAAAGGGAGUCACAGUGCCAACGAAGUCGAAGAAAGAAGCACUCCUCAAGCUUCUCGACGAUUUCCUGGCCAAAAACGGCGGCAGGAACGCAGUGAAAAAAUAUGAGGUGGACGAAUGGUGUCAAUCGCAGGGCGUGAAGAUCCUCCGUCUGCCACCAUAUCACUGCGUUCUCAACCCAAUUGAGCUUUGUUGGAGCCAGUUGAAGAGGCAUCUUCGCAACGAAGGAACGACUAACGACAAAGUCGAUACAGUAAGAUUUUUUUUUAUACAAAAAUGAACCAACUUGUAAAUUUUCUGGUGCGUCUGAGAGCUUUACAAUGGUUCAAAAGUUUGAAACCGGAAAUGGCAGCGGCUUUUUUCCGCCACGUCAAAAACGUCGAGGACGAAGCCCUCGAGGAACUUUUCUGUCCCUCACGCAAGCCACCCGCAGUCCAAGUGAAGCCAGUGGUCGUCAGUGUUUCCCCUUCUUCUGACGAGGCCUUUUCCGAAGAAUGGAUUUUUUCGUCUGACGAGGCCAGCGAUGAGCUUUGA